GCUGUAUCAUUCCUUCCUAGUGCCCCCAGAAUUUCCCCAAAAAUCAGAAAUCGAAGAGAGAGAGCCAAACAAACCCUCGCAGAGAAAAAUGGCCGACAACAAACAACUCCUGCCGCCGCAGCACGACCUCAACGCCAAAUACGACGCCUGUGUCGACCUCACCGUCCGCCGCUUCGUCUACUCCACCCUCGGCGGUGCCCUCGCCGGUCUUCUUCUCUUCCGGAGUCCUGUGACUCGUUGGGCUUCUGUAGCCUUUGGUGCUGGACUGGGCAUUGGUUCUGCAUACACAGAUUGUUCUCGUUUAUUUGAGGGAUCUCCUGCUGCUGCAAAGGUGGCUUCUCCUAAGGUUGUUGAGACUCCUGCUUCUCAGGAUGGACAGGAUUGAGGUUAUGCUGGUGGAGCUAACGCACUUUUGGGAUUCAAACUAGUGUUCCUUUUAAGAUUGUUGGUCGUUUCUAUGUCUGCAAUGGCUUUGAACAUGUACUUUUGUUGUUGGACAAGGAUUCAACCUGAUCUACUUGUGACUUAAUAUAUAAAUUAUCACCUUUUUCUCUGGUAACCCUGUCAUUAACUUGGCUUGGAGUUGGAAGAGAAGGAAAACAAAUAAUUUCUUUUUUUUAAGGGAAUAAUUUCUUUUUUGUGGCC